AUGGAUCCAGCUAAGGUGGAAGCAGUGAUAAAUUGGGAGCGACCAACUUCAGUGACAGAGAUCAGGAGUUUCUUAGGUUUGGCAGGGUAUUAUCGCAGAUUCAUUAAGAGAUUUUCACAGCUCACCUUACCUUUAACUAAAUUGACUAGGAAGGAUACGCCUUUUAUCUGGACUCCAGAAUGUGAAGAGAGUUUCCAAGCAUUAAAGCAUAGGUUGACUACUGCACCUGUAUUGGUAUUACCUGAACCAAAUGAACCGUUUGAAGUGUAUUGUGAUGCAUCUCUGAAAGGUUUGGGGUGCGUUAUGAUGCAGCACCAGAAUGUUGUAGCAUACGCCUCACGGCAAUUAAGGCCGAAUGAAAUGAACUAUCCAACACAUGAUUUGGAACUUGCUGCUGUUGUGUUUGCUUUAAAGAUUUAG